CAAUUAUAAUAAAGGAACAUAGCUCCUGCUAUGUUGUACUAAGGAUGCUAUGAGAUGAGAAUGAGGACAUAUUAUACUCAUAUGCAAACUACAACCGUCUGUCGUUCAAUUCUCUGUAUUUUUAUUACAGAUAAUUUAGUUGUAUCAAAAUAAUCAAGACCGUUAUGUCAAAAUUGUGUCAAUUUGAUUUGCGUUGCAGAAAUCCAAAAUUUGAGAAUACACAGCAAAGUGGAAAAUGGAUAAAAGAUCAUACAAAUUACUAAUAGGGGCUUCAGGUAGCGUAGCUGCCAUAAAGAUACCAGUCCUUAUUAAAACACUUUUAGAAUCACCUGAGGCUCAACCUCAGAUUCACCUUAUAGUGACGCAGAGAGCGAAACAUUUCUUCAAGAAGUCUGAUUUACCUCCCGGUACAAAAGUGUAUGAUGACAAAAUGGAGUGGAGCUCUUGGAAGGCGCGGGGGGACCCCGUGAUGCACAUAGACCUGGGCAAGAUGGCGGACGUCAUGCUGCUUGCUCCUCUCACUGCCAACACACUCGCCAAAGUGGCACUGGGCUUCUCUGACAACCUCUUGACUUGCACGACAAGAGCCUGGGACCCGACCAAGCCGCUGGUGUUUUGUCCGUCAAUGAACGCUAGGAUGUGGGAGCACCCUAUCACGAGACAACAUAUUGACACGUUAAAAGAUUGGGGUUAUAUUGAGAUACCACCAGCAAAUAAGAAGCAAAUGUGUGGGACUGUCGGCAGCGGGGCAAUGGCCGAAGUAAAAACCAUUGCAGACAAAAUUGGGUGUUAUGCUAAUCAGUAUAAGUGACAUUUCUCUUUGAAGAGACAAAUAUUAGGUUUCACUAGGUUUAAUAUCCAGCUAUUCGUUACUCACGUAACCAUGUAUUUAUUAAUUAACAUUUUUGUGUAAUUUUAAACCUGGAACAUUAGCUGUAUUGGCAAAUAAUUAAAGUAUAAUGAAACGACUGUUA